CGGGGUCCGGGUGGGAGCUGUCCACUCGCCCUGGUGCUGAACGCUGCAGCAGCGGCGGCGGCCGCGGAGGUGGAGAUAACUGGGAACCUUCUCCGCCCCGAGAACCCUGUUUCCAGUCCUCGGACGGUCGGUUUGCACCCCGACACCCCCUUUCCAGCACCACCCCUUUGGGAACUGAGCCAGGGGGCGGCAGCCGCGGCGGCGGCGGUGCCGAGCAACGGCGGAGGACAACACCUGGCAGCAGCCGGGAAUUACAUUUGUAUACGGUUGGGGGAAUCUCGGAGACCGAGCUGGACCCAGAAACCGGCUGCCUCGCACCUGGGCCACGCGGCUCCGCUCCCCGGUGCUCACCUCGUUGCAGCGGCGCGGAGAGGGAGCGGCCAGCCCAGCCGGCGGCGGGGACCGGAGCAGGGCCGGGGGCGGCGGGGGCGGAGAGCCGGGAGGCCGCCCUUGGCGAGGGCCCGGCAGCCGCCCUCCUCCGCCCCUCCCACCGGAGGCACUCCUUCUGGAUUAUUUGAGAAGCGAAUUAUUGCAGUAGCGUGUUUCGUCUUUAUCCCCCUCGCUCGCACCGCCCCACCUCCGCGCCCGCCUCGCCUCUGGUUGCAUGGCAGCACUGCCCGGGCGCGGGGGCUCCGGGCCGGCCCCCCGGGAAGGAAGAGGAGGAGAGGAAGGAUCAUGAAGCCAGCAGUCGCGACCGCCCCGGACGGCGGGCAGCAGCAGCUGGAGGACGAGCCGGAGCAGCCCCCGCCCCGGAGACACGCGGACGCCGACCGGCAGUCGCCUCUGCCGCCGCGCAAGCACCGGCGGGCGCGGGCAGACCCGGAGCAGGUGCGGCAGGCACCGCAGGAGCGCGCGCAGCAGGGCGAGCGCGGCCCGGAGGAGAAAGAAGAGGAGAGGGCGAGGCCACUCGCCGGCCCGGACCUGCGCUUUCCCUCACUCCUGCACCUCGCCCAAAGGAACCUUUGAUGGAAGCGCGGGGAGGGGGCCACGGAUUCACAGACUGCAGCGGGAGAGGGCUGGGGGCUGCGAGGAUGUAACUGCCCUUUCCCCGGCCUCCCCGCACGCCCCUCCGCUCUGCCCUUCCUCUGCCCCAGCACCUGUCCUCCCCGUACACACCCUUCCCCUCGCCGAGACCUGAGUGCUCAGAAAGGACGCGGCUCUGCGAGGCACACACUGUCUUUUUCUCUCUUCCUUUCUCCCUCCCCACCCCACGCUUCUGCCACCUCUGCGUGCCACAUUGGCUUUACCCGCUCCUGGGUAGCCCUUGGCUGCACAGGCGAAGCACAAGCCCCUUCCCCAGGUUCACCCCACUGUUCUCUUAAAAGCAACUGUGGUGCUUCUAGGGGUUAACUGCCCCAGUUUUCUGCCCAGGAGAAUUAAAACUUCUCCCUGCUUCCUCUCCUCCCCAUCUCGCCUCCGCCCCAUCAGUCUCCUACUACCUGAAAAAGAAAAAAACAAAACUAUCUUUUCUUUUUCUUUCUCAUACAUGCUCUCCUCAAUGCAUCGAGCUAGUUUUCUCCAAACCCAGCUCAGCCCACUCCAAAUUUGAUUUAUAAUCUUCCUCUCACCCUUUUAUAUAAAAGGUAGCGAUUCACCACCAUCUAGGGAUUUGAGAAGAACCCAGCAGCCUUUUCCUGCUGAACUUUUAAGAAUUAGACAUUGAUCCGAAGGCUCUAAUCGUUCAGCCUCAAGGUUUCUUUUAUCGCCCUGCUUCCCACAGUGCCCUGGGGCCAAAGGCAGAAAGGCAGCACCGGAGGUUGGGAGGGUUGCAGGAGCAAGAAAAACUUGUUUUGCUUUUUCCAGGUAGAGUUCAGAACCGGUGACUCCCAGUUCUCAGUUCUUGGAGCAAUUUAUUUGCUGCUCAGAGGGGGUGGAGGAAGAGCCAGUGGGAAAGGAGAUUCCUCCCAUAACACAGAAACAGUGCAGACCCCAAGCCCCAGCCACCCACUUCUUCCAAAACUCCAGCUGCCCCUCUCGGGUUCUCUGCUCCCUCUGGGCACAUGCUGAUGCCCUUGGGCGGGCUGCUGUGGUGGUGGUGCUGCUGCUGCUGCUGUGGCUGGUACUGCUGUGGACUGUGCACCCCAGCCCCCCAAAUGUUGCGCCACCAGGGUCUCCUCAAGUGCCGCUGCCGCAUGCUCUUCAAUGACCUGAAGAUUUUCCUUCUGCGGCGCCCCCCUCCAGCGCCCCAGCCCAUGCACGGCGACCCCCAGCCCCCCAUUUUGGCAGCCAACAACAACACCCUUCCGGCUCUGGGUGCCGGCGGGUGGGCAGGCUGGAGGGGCCCUCUAGAAGUGGUGGGUAGGGAGACCCCUCCUCUGCCACCUCCACCGCCUUUGCCACCUUCUUCUGUGGAAGAUGACUGGGGUGGCCCAGCCACAGAACCACCUGCCUCACUGCUCAGCAGUGCCUCUUCAGAUGACUUCUGUAAGGAGAAGGCUGAGGAUUGCUACUCACUGGGCAGCAGCCUGGACAGUGGUAUGAGGACUCCGCUCUGCCGCAUCUGCUUCCAGGGACCAGAACAGGGUGAGCUGCUGAGCCCGUGCCGCUGCGACGGCUCGGUCAAGUGCACGCACCAGCCUUGCCUCAUCAAGUGGAUCAGCGAGCGCGGCUGCUGGAGCUGCGAGCUGUGCUACUACAAGUACCACGUCAUCGCCAUAAGCACAAAGAACCCUCUCCAGUGGCAGGCCAUCUCUCUGACAGUCAUCGAGAAGGUUCAGAUAGCAGCCGCCAUCUUGGGUUCCCUCUUCCUCAUCGCCAGUAUCUCAUGGCUCAUCUGGUCGACCUUCAGUCCCUCAGCAAAAUGGCAGCGCCAAGACCUCCUCUUCCAGAUCUGCUAUGGGAUGUACGGCUUCAUGGACGUGGUGUGCAUAGGUCUCAUCAUCCACGAGGGGCCCUCCGUGUACCGCAUCUUUAAACGGUGGCAGGCCGUCAACCAGCAGUGGAAAGUGCUGAACUAUGACAAAGCAAAAGACCUGGAAGAGCAGAAGUCGGGAGGCAGGACAAACCUCCGGCCCUCCUCGUCCGCCCAGGCCAAUGUCCCGUCCUCGGAAGGGGAGGCAGCUGGCACCCCUGCGCCUGAGGAAGGCCCUACCCCGGCUGCGAGCCACCCCUCGGACCCUCUGUCCCACCACCACUGUGCUUACACCAUCCUGCACAUCCUGAGUCACUUGAGACCUCAAGAACAGCGCAGCUCCCAGGGCGGCAGCCGAGAGCUCGUCAUGAGAGUCACCACAGUGUGACAGGAGAGACCUGAGGAAGGCGGGAGUACCGCAGAGAGGCUGGCCGGGAGGGCCGGGGAGCAGGGUGGGGAGGCGAGGCGGCGCCUGAGCCAGAGCAGACAGAAGCAGACCGCGUGAGCCCCGAGGAGAGCCAGAGGAGGUAGAGCUGGGGAAGGCUGGCAUCUGGAGCCAUCGAUCAUUUCCAGUUGGUCAAUAUCACUCUCCAAAGGCAAUAGUGACAAAAACAGGUACAAACUCAGCAACAACGGGCCAGACAGGUGGAAUGAAACCUGGCAAAACCACCGCCCAGGAGGAGAGGCUGCUGGAGGGGCAAAGCCGGUACAGAGGGCGGUGGCGCUGGUGGGUGCGUGGGCAGCAGAAAGAAAAAAAGCAGUUGGGGGAACAGUAUUUGGAGCCUGGUCCUUUCACACUGAAGUCUGUUUUCCUUCGCCCUGGGUGGUGUUCCUGGACUGGCUGGUAGGGAAGCCACACAGGCUUUGGGGUUCCUUGGGCUCUUGGGGCCCUGGCCUCCGGGCCCAACCGAGAGGCAGAGUUCAGUGACUGUCAGAAUCCUGGGGUGGCUGAUCCUGGGAGGGUGUGAGUGGCCAGAGUAGGGUGUGUCUCCUCCCAUCAAAACUUCCCCAGCCAAAACUCGCAAUUUUCAGGUGGGCUCAAAGAAGGCAUGGGUUUGGAAUGGGUAUUUUUCUGUGCCCUUAUUUUAUUUUAUUUUAUCUUAUUAUGGUGAUUUGAUUCAAAAGAUGUUUACAGCACACGGACACACAUGUGCACACACACUCACUUAGAGAGAAGUAUGGCUUUCCGUUGGCUGUUUAUCUCAAGCACAGUGCUGCUUCUGUGGCCUCUGCCUUCAAAGUUGUCAAUCCAGGAGUAACUUUCCCAACUACUCAGACCCACCCAUGGCAGGGACAGCUCAGUGCUACACCCCUCACACCUUGGCUCAGACACGGACCCAGGCACUCCACAGGGCCCCCCACUGCCAACCCCUGGGUCUCCCAGGAGGGCUGCUGCAGGGUGGAUGGGAGCUGGCUGAUGAGCCCAAGGAGUGGAGCGGAGACCGGUCUAAGUAUUCUUCACUGCUUGGGACCCUCUGAAGAAGCAGUUGGUCACUGCUCAGUGCUGUGUGCUCCUGGUCCUUCCUGUGCAGCCAGGCAGGGCCAGGGGUCCUGGCAGGGAGCAUUGGUUUUGACCCCACUUGCUUGUUCCCGGGACCCUUCUGGGGAAGGCCACUGGGUGGUCACCUGCAGUUUCUUGUUGUCAUUGCACAGUGGCCGUGUCAUUCUUGGGUAUUAAAGGGACACUAUCAAGUACUUUUUUAAACUAGUUUUUAGGGUUUUUUAAAACUCCCUGUUGUUUGUAAUAUUCUCUUAAAAGCUUGAAAAUAAAAUUUCUUUCCCUACCA